AUGGAAUUCAUCAACUCCAUCCUCGAAUGUCUCGGAGCUUCAUCGCACGAGGCUACUCUUCGUGUCACCUCAAACGCCCAUACCAGGCUGGAGCAACCACCCUACAAAAAUGACCCAGCGGAAGAAGAGCUUGCUGCUCGUAUCCUCAACACCCUCUUCACCUCUGAGAAGUCCGGCGACGCCUUGGCAUUCCAACUUCAGUCGCACUUCUCCACUUCUAGCUGGACCGAAAGUCUCGCUCGCCGCAUCCUCGAUGGCAUCGUCGCAGCUCUAGCAUCGGGCCAGGUCCUUGUUGGAGCCAUGCAAGAGACGUACGACAAAGUUCAAGUUGUUGCUGAGGACUUCGUUAAGGAGCAUCCUAUCUUGACGGAGGUGAUUCUCACCGUUAUUGCUAUUGGCAUUCUUGCUUUGCUGGUUCCGUGGGCUGUGGAGGCUCUGGGCUUUGGAGAGUUGGGUCCUUCUGCAGACUCAUUUGCUGCUUGGUGGCAAUCCACCUUUCCGGAUGCUGAAGCGGGAUCUCUCUUCUCCUAUCUACAAAGACUAGGCAUGAAGCGGGGAAAGGCUUAG